GAACACGCGCGCAUACGUACGUAGAGCGAUUGCAUUGCUGCUUCGAUGCGUUUAUGUGGGUUGAACUUUUACGUUACAGAGAAAGACUGGAUAGUAUGUGACUAACAACUUAGAGCAGACACAUUCAUGUUAUAUGGAACGACAGCCACCUGGACUUUAGUGGAUACUUCUCAAUGAUACCGUGCACUUGUGACCAAAUUUUGGAAUAUUAAUACUCUUUGGAAACAUCGCCACGAUGGUUGACAACGACCCCGAUUUUGAGCCGCAAGCUCGACCACGUUCUUGUACAUGGCCGUUGCGUCGGCCAGAUUUUUUGGACUCGAAGCCGGGGCAACCAGGCAAUGCCGCCGGGGCUCCACCGGUAGAUCACGCUCACUCCGCUCUCAGCCCUGCCGUCCUGGCUGAAGAACCGCUUGAUAUUAAACCAGUUUUACCUUUAGAAGGCGGAGAAAACCGUGAAUUAUCAACACCAUCAUCACAGAGACGGAAUGGUUCAAGAAGAAAUGCCUGGGGAAACCUGUCAUAUGCAGAUUUGAUAACCAAAGCUAUUCAAAGCGCUCCCGAUCAGCGCUUGACCUUGUCACAAAUUUACGACUGGAUGGUCAAAAAUGUCCCAUUUUUCAAGGAUAAAGGAGACAGCAAUAGUUCAGCUGGUUGGAAGAACUCUAUUCGACACAACUUGUCCCUACACAGCCGCUUCGUCCGGGUCCAGAAUGAAGGAACAGGAAAGAGCUCGUGGUGGAUGAUCAACCCCGACGCCAAACCAGGCAAGUCAUCAAGGAGAAGAGCAUCCAGCAUGGACACCACAAAUUCAAAGUUUGAAAGGAAGAGGGGGCGCGUGAAGAAGAAGGUCCUGGAAGAGCGUGCAAAAUGGGGAAACACAAGCCCGACACCGAAGUUAGAAGGAGAGGAAGGUGCUAGCCCGUUGCCGUUCAACUUGGCGACGACGGAUUUCAGGUCGCGAGCCAGCUCGAACGCAAGCAGUUGUGGCCGUCUAUCCCCGAUCAUGACCACACAUCCAGAAAUCGACAUGCAUGACAAUGAAGUCCCGCCCAUGUCUCCGAUUCCCUUCCAAGAUCUGCCGCCCUCUCAGGCGUACGAUAGCCCAGACCCCUAUCAGUCCACAGAUCAGCUAGCCAAACUAGCCAAAGCAAUGACCCUAGAUUCAAGUCUAAGUGUAGAGCCCGCGAUCCGCCACACACACAACAACGGUGGAUAUCUGUUCUCCCCGCAGAGCUACAGCGGAUCCGACAUGUCCCCUGUCCACAGUAACAGCCCGUAUUACUCACAACAGGGCACUCCAGCCGUAAGUCCCCUAGGUCAGUGUUCCCCCAUGCAGGAACUGCCACCCAGUCAGUAUGGCAUGCAACGGAGCUUCACGAAUCUGAUUCAUGAGAAUGAAUCCAUCAUCCCUCAGGAUCCCAUGUUCGCGCAGUCCGCCGUCUUGCGCCAGCAGCAGUCGCCGCGACCCAUGCCGAGCUGCCGCGAGGAGAGCAUGAACCAGCACACGUCGCCUCACAGGCUGAUGCCUUCUUCUAUGAACCAAGGAAGCAACUUGGCCAUGUUGCUCAACAAUGGCCACAACACGCACACCACCAGCCACCACCACCACCCGCAGCCGUACCCCAAUGGCGGUACCCCUCACCAUGUACACCCUCACCAUAUACACCCUCACAUUCACCACCACCAUCCAGGCAUGGUUCACGUGGACAGGUUCCCCAGCGACCUGGAGAGUGUUCAAAUUGACCCCCUCAAAGGAUGGAGCGAUCUGGACGUGGAAACUAUCCUGAGGAAUGAGCAGGACUUGACCGAAGGACCUGACGCCAGCUUUGAUAACAUUGGGACAAUAGGAACCACGGCGACGACCAUGGCUGCUCCCAGCUGGGUCCAUUAAACGGUAAGUCCAUCUUCUUCGUACACAUUUUCCAUUGAGAAUCUUGUAUUUACUAU